UUUGUUUUCGAGGUGAGCGGUGAGAAGCAGAGAUAUUUAAUUGUGAUUAAGCGAAUUGUUUUCUAUGGACUGCCAAAAAUUGGAAUAACAUCACUUAAACACACAUAGACAUCAAUACACACACACGGACUCUAUGGAUGACCCUUCAAUUAGAAAACGGCUUAUUGAUUUGUGUACCGACGAACAUGAAUACGAUGAAGUUCAAGAACUGCCAGAAGAAUCAAGCACACAGUCCUUGCAGUCAUCCGAAAUCAGCAGCAACGGUGGAACUAACGCAAGCUCAGCAUUGGGAUUGGGCGCAGUCGCAUCUGUGGGACCAUCAGGAAGCUCCGUGGAUUUGCCACCAGAAUUGCCACCGCCAAAGCAAAAAUCUGUAAAGAAUUCCAAGAAUAAACAGAAACAAAAGUCAUCAGCGAUUAAAUCAAAAAUACCACGAUCCCCAUCAUUGGCCAGCAGUUUAAGUAGUUUGGCCAGCAGUCUCAGUGGUAGCCAUAGUAAUAAUCACAACAACAACAACAACAACGUCCCACCACAGACACCACCAUUGCCAGCCGGCUAUCAGCAGUCCAAUAAGCAAAAGAAGCAUAUGAACGGUGGCAAAGUACCUGCAAGUGAUGCAGCAUCGGCGGCGUCUGCGGCGGCGAGUGCUGCAAAUCCCACUACAUCAUCUACAAAUACAGCCUUAAAUAAUGCCAACAACAAUAGCAAUAUGAACAUAAUGAUUGGAGAUGAUAAGGCUGCUACUGGUGCCGGUGCCGGUGCCGGUGGCGGUGCUCCUCCAGUUUCAGAGAGCACUGGUGGCACACAUCCUCAAAUACAGGUAACUUCAGCAGUCGAGACGACGGUUACAACGCCAACAACGCCAUCAACGCCGAAUCUAGCAUCACCAAAAAACUUUCAGUAUUUAACAUUGACUGUGCGAAAAGAUGAGAAUGGAUAUGGAAUGAAGGUUUCUGGAGAUAAUCCCGUCUUUGUCGAAAGUGUUAAGCCAGGGGGAGCUGCCCAGAUUGCUGGUCUAGUUGCUGGCGAUAUGAUUUUAAAGGUCAAUAAACAAGAAGUGCGUCUCGAGAAACACCCAACGGUUGUUAGCCUAAUUAAAGCCUCCACCAUAGUUGAAUUGGCUGUAAAACGAAGUCAGAAAAUGGUUCGUCCCACCUCGGUUGGUGUGGUCCCAACAACACCUGUCUUGUCUGGAAGAGAUCGUACCGCAUCCAUAACUGGCCCACAACCUGUUGAUAGCAUUAAACGUCGUGAGAUGGAAACGUAUAAGAUACAAACUUUGCAAAAAAUGUUGGAGCAGGAGAAGAAAAAUUUGGAGCGUCUUAAAGGCGAUACAGAGAAUCCCAGCUAUAAGCUAUCGGAGGCAAAUAUACGCAAAUUACGAGAACAACUGCGACAAGUGGGAGCCGAGGAUGCACCAACAAUAAAUCAUCAACCAGCUGCGAGCAACAAGAAUACUGCAUUACUAACGCCCAAUCAAAUCCAACACUUGUUUGCGUCCGCCACUCACAACAAUCAGCAACAUCACCUUCACAACAACAACUAUCAUCAUCAGCAACAAGCUAGCACACCGCAGUCGCAACCAGCACACUCCUCACCCGCAUUCCUUUCUCUUCUGCCGCGUUCGCUCUCGUCCCUAUCCCUGGGUACCCGAAAGAAUAAGAUCGAUAAAGAUUUCAACAAUACGACGGAAUUUUUGAAUCAACAACGAAUGCAGCAAAUGGCGGCGGCUGGUGGUUCACCAUCGGAUGCUUUUAAUGCCAUGUCUCAAUCUUUUCAUCAAAAUACAACGUCACCCACCAUGCAACAUAAUCCGCAACGUAAUUCCGCGCAGCCAUAUUGUUAUCAACAGCAACAACAACAACAGCAGAAUCGUUUCAAGGAGACGCCCAAGUCGACGUCGGGCGCAAAGCAUAAAAACAAAUUUUCAAUCUCAAAAAGUUUGAUCGAGGAAGAUAUUCCGCCACCGCUGCCGCAAAGAAAUCCACCUCGACAAUUAGCUUUGGAUCAAAGCAAUGGCAAUGCAUCACCGAAUAAUAGCAAUCUCUUAGCACCAAUUUCCGAUUUGGACAGAGCCACGAGUCCACAACAGUCAAAGGCUCUUAACGAUAGUCCGGCAAAUGUGAAAACUAAACGUUCCAAAAUCAAAACUAAAGCCCUUUCUGAUCCCAAAAUGACAACGCAAAUGUUUUUGCAAAUGGAAUCAAGUACUGGUGGCGCUUCAGCUGUGGACACGGGUAAUAAUACUGAGAAUCCCGGAAUGGACUGUGGUGGACCGCCUCCGUUACCGCCCCGUCAACCUGGAUUAUUGUCUGAUGAAAUGAAUCGCGGUAGUUGCCAAAAUCUAAGCACAGCUUCUGGUCGUUCACAGCCUAAUUCCUUGAAUUCAAUAUUUAAUUAUCCUUUGGUAUCAACAUGUACGGCCGUUCAAAAUGACAAUAUAAAGGCGGCUUUUCCGCUAUCGCAAAGGCCCAACAUUCUCUAUCAAUUGCAGCAUCAUCAGCAACAACAACAACAACAACAACAACAACAACAACAUGUUAGUAAUAUGCCAACAGUCGCACUGGGUCAGACACCACAUUUAAGCCAAAUUAAACAUCGACGUGUUGGUUCUUCACCAGACAAUAUGCAUCCAAGACAUCCAGAUCGUUUAACGAAAACAACGUCAGGAUCUUGGGAGAUUGUCGAAAAAGAUGGUGAAAUCACACCACCAGGAACUCCACCGCCGCCAUAUCUCAUUAGCUCGCAUUUACCUGAAGAUCCCAACGAGAGCUGCAGUGGUGGUGCGGGAAUAUGUAUAGAAUCACAUCAGUUUACCCCCAUAUCGUCGCUGCCGAAGUCCUUACAUUCCAGUCACAUGCAGGCGGCUCAGUCUACUGAUACACAAAAAGAGAUUAUAUCUAUGGAGGAUGAGAAUUCAUCGGAUCCCGAAGAGCCUUUCAUUGAUGAAAACGGUCCAUUUAAUAAUAUGACACGUUUGCUUGAAGCAGAGAAUGUCACAUUUUUGGCCGUCUUUCUCAAUUAUGUACUAUCGAAUUCGGAACCGGCGCCAUUAUUGUUUUACCUAAUCACCGAACUAUACAAAGAGGGAACCUCGAAGGAUAUGCGUAAAUGGGCCUAUGAGAUACACUCAACAUUCCUUGUACCGCGUGCACCAUUAUCUUGGUACCGCCAAGAUGAAUCAUUGGCAAGGGAGGUGGAUAAUGUCUUGCAGCUGGAAUUUGAUAAGGUUGAAAUAUUGCGCACCGUCUUCUUACGAAGUCGUAAACGUGCCAAGGACAUUAUUAGUGAGCAAUUGCGUGAAUUUCAACAAAAGCGAACCGCCGGCCUGGGAACUAUUUACGGACCAACCGAUGAUAAGCUAGCUGAAGCAAAAAAUGACAAACAGAGGGAGCAGAUCAUUGACAAGUAUCUGAUGCCCAAUCUACAGUUGUUGAUAGAGGAGUUUGAAAAGGAUUUACCAUUGGAGGAUGCACGAAAACUUGCUCUAUGCUCAGCUUUGUCGACAGUAAUUCAUCGUAUAUUUAAUACACGUUCCCAUCCGAACAGUAUUGUGGAUCGUGUGCAUCAUUUUGUAAGCCGAGAGAAGAGUUUCAAAUCACGUCUUAUAGGCAAAAAUCGAAAGAUGGUUGUACGUGGUCAUCCAUUGGUAUUACGUCAAUACUACGAAGUGACGCACUGCAAUCAUUGUCAGACCAUUAUCUGGGGUGUCAGCCCGCAAGGUUAUCAUUGUACAGACUGUAAAUUGAAUAUUCACCGUCCAUGUUCGAAAGUAUUAGACGAGAGUUGUCCCGGUCCACUUCCUCAGGCCAAACGACAUCCCCAUAAUGACAACAAAAUUAGUAAAUUCAUGGAUAAAAUUCGGCCACGGACAAGCGAUUUCAUUGCAAAUGAGAAACGUUCCCGUCAAGAUGAGGAUAUGGACGCUGAUUUAGCUAAUGAACGCGUCUCGUCGUCUACAUCGAUUGUGCGUCAACCUUCAGACCGUAGACCAGAUGCCAACAUUUCAUUGCGCUCUAAUGGCAACGCAUCAUCAAAUACUUCGGCGCUUAAUAGCAGUGAUUUGCAAAGUUCAUAUCAUGCUGGACAAAAUGCCAACGAUAGUAUUAAUGCAAGCGGUGGUGGUCCCAGCUUCUCAGCGGACCUUUCCAAUGCUGGCAUGGGCUCAGGAGCCCUGUCCAAUAGUUUGGUAGGAGCUGUCGGUGCCGCUGGCAUUGCUGAAUCAAAUGCAUCAGAUGCUCCAGAUAAAAAAGAUGCUCGAAAAGAGCGUUAUCAGCAUAAAAGCGCACCAGUUUCUGUGAAUCGAUCUGAAUCGUAUAAGGAACGUUUGUCAAGUAAACGGAGUCGUAGUAAUCGCCGCAAGACCUCGGAUCCCAGUUUAUCGUCACGUCCCAACGAUGAUCAACCGGACUUGGGUCUCUCCAAUGCCAACUAUACAGCAAGUUCGAAUUCUAGUCUCUCAUCGGGCGGUGGUGCUGGCUCUGAAAGUCCAAGCACUUCGAUGGAACAAGUGGCUGGAGGAAGUAUACCAGGAGCCGGUGGCGCCACGGCUGGCAACCUGCAUCAACAUCCACAUUUGCUAAUACAGCAACAUGCUUAUCAGCAUAGUCAGCAGGAUUCCUUUCAGAGUAGUGUGGGUAGCAGUAGUGCUAGCAACACAAGCUUUUGGAACUCCGGUCACCAGAUGCCGCCGCCGCCACUGCAAAGGCAAUGGAACUUUGAAAGUGACGAUGAGGACGAUCUCAAUGAAGCCGAUUGGAGUUCAAUGGUGGCUGCUGAAAUGUUAGCUGCUCUGACCGAUGCAGAAAAGAAACGUCAAGAAAUUAUUAAUGAAAUCUACCAGACAGAGCGCAAUCAUGUACGCACCCUCAAGCUAUUGGACCGACUAUUCUUUUUGCCACUCUAUGAGAGCGGAUUACUUCCACACGAGCAUCUCUUGUUAUUAUUCCCACCUGCAUUGCUUUCGCUGCGUGAAUUGCAUGGCAACUUUGAGCAAAAAUUAAAAUUGCGUCGAGUUGAGCACAAUCAUGUGGUGACUCAUAUUGGCGAUCUAUUGGCCGACAUGUUUGAUGGCCAAUCUGGAGAAGUGCUUCGUGAAUACGCCGCACAGUUUUGUGCUCGUCAACAGAUCGCACUGGAGGGGCUUAAGGAGAAACGUCACAAGGAUGAGCAAUUGCAGAAGUUGCUUAAGAAAUCCGAAUCGCACAAGGCUUGCCGACGUCUCGAAUUAAAGGAUUUGUUGCCCACUGUAUUGCAGCGUCUAACAAAGUAUCCUUUACUAUUCGAGAAUUUACAUAAAGUUACAAUUCGUGUGGUACCUGAAAAUAAAUCUGAAGCGGAAGCAAUACAACGAGCCUUGGAAUCUUCAAAAGAAAUACUGGUCGAGGUGAACAAGGCUGUAAAAACGGCAGAGGAUGCUCACAAAUUGCAGAAUAUACAGCGCAAAUUGGAUAGAUCCUCAUACGAUAAGGAUAAGGAUGAACGAAAGCUGGAUUUAACACAACAUCGCCUUAUACACGAUGGCAAUUUGACAAUGAAAAAGAAUCCCAGCAUACUACUUCAUGGCUUACUAUUUGAAAAUAUGAUUGUAUUGCUUACCAAACAGGAUGAUAAAUAUUUGUUGAAAAAUCUGCAUACGCCGGGUGUGAAUAAUAAACCUGUUAGUCCAAUCAUGAAUAUUGAUUCGGAGACUUUAGUGCGCCAGGAAGCCGCUGAUAAAAAUUCAUUUUUCCUAAUCAAAACAAAGACAUCACAAAUGUUAGAGUUGCGAGCCCCAAGCAGUUCAGAAUGUAAAACAUGGUUUAAGCAUAUUUCGGAUGCAGCAGCGCAUCAGUAUAAGCCACGUCCAAAGAACUCAGCCAACAGUCAUGAUACAACAGUCGAUGAGCCAUCUUCAGGUAAUCUACCGCACUCACACACGAAGGAGUCGUCGCUGGAUCUAACACCGGAUCGCGUUCAGCCAAUGGCAGCCACAGCAACAAUGACAACAACGCCAUUGGCGCCUCUUUUGCCCAUUGCUACAGUGACGCCGGCGCCUAUUGCCAGCAGCAAUAGCAGUUAUGACGGCGGCGUACAGCUGCGAAGCACUCGCCGAGAUUCAACUCCAAGUGACAAUGUCAGCUAUUACAAUAUCACGGAUAAACAACGUUUGAGCCAUCAAGAGGCAGGCUCAUCCGGUUUGGGCUCAUCAUCUGUCAGCCGAUCCAUGUCAAUACGAAGCUGCGGUGAAUCCAACAAUAACUAUGCGGAUAAUGACGCAGAUCAUAAUGGCGUUAUUUUGCGCCAUACACAAUCGGCACGUGAAUCGAACAACUCGAAUGCCUCGGAGCCCCGUGGAGAUGAACGCAUUUCAAGCUAUGGACUUGUCGGUGGUCAUUCGAAACGCGACAGUGCCAGCAUUGUGUGCUCCAACAAUUCCAAUAAUACGCGUACCUUACUCAUGCAGUCGCCUCUGGUGGAUCCCGCAGCCAUUCAAAUAAGUAUUAGUCCAGCUCAUACUGCGGAGCCGGUGCUGACACCGGGUGAACGGUUACGACGCUUGGACUCCUCCAUACGCGAUGGUUUAUUGGAGAAACAAAAAAUUAUUUGCGAUAUCUUCCGUUUGCCAGUUGAGCAUUUCAAUGAGAUUGUCGACAUUGCUAUGAUGCCGGAAGCUCCUAAAGAUAGCGCCGACAUAGCAUUAGCUGCCUACGACCAGGUCCAGAUGUUAACGAAAAUCUUGAACGAAUACAUGCGCGUUACCCCGGAACAGGAGGUUUCGGCUGUAUCAACGGCGGUCUGUAGUCACUGUCACGAGAAGGAAAAGCAUCGGAAAAUUGUUUCGCAUUCACCGUCGCCACCGCCCCUGCCGCCACCAAACAAACAACAUGCUCAGGCUCAGGCCCAACCGCAAAUUCCUUUGUCACGGAUGAUGCCCAAACUGCAUACACAUAGUGUUGAUGAUGUGGCUAUUCAUGAAGAUGAUGACGGUUAUUGUGAAAUCGAUGAAUUGCGACUACCAGCUAUAACAACAAAGUCAUCAUCAACAACGGAUUCGAAAUCUACUCCUACAGCUACACCAUUGGCUCCCUUGAAAUCUUCCGAAUCUUCAGCUGGAAUAUCGAAUAGUGCUUCCAACGCAUUCUUGACCACUGAAAAUGUGUCUGUGGAGCCAGUAGAUAAUUCUCAAAAUGAAGAGAUCAAGAAUGAUUCAGCUACAGAAAUUGCGAAGAAUAACGAGGAAAGAGAAUCAGAAACAGCUCCAGCAUCAGCUGUUGUUCAAGCCGAGGAACAAAAAGUGGAAAACAUAAAGGAUACAGAUAUUGAAUCUAAAAAGCAAGAAGAAAUCACAAAGAGUGUAACCGAAACUCCUUUGCCGGAUACUGACGAAGCAGCUAAAGCAAAUGACUCUAACGCGGAAGUUAAAAUAAGUGAUGUUUACGAAACUAUGGCUGCACUUAACAAAGCUCAUGCCACUAUUUCAAUGAUUGACAAUUCCACGCAGACAGCACAGUCGCUUCAAGUAUCCACAAUCCAGGCACAAACUCAAACUAUCAGUGAGAAAACUAUAAGCCCAUCGGCAGUCAUCGGAUUGGGGGGAGGAAGCAGUUGUGGUCCAAACCGCAUACAGCAUGCCAGCUCAUUGGAGCCUAGUGUACCCUGUCAUGCACUCAGCAGCAUUGUUGGCGUACUGAAUGAGCAAAUUUCCUUGCUCUUGCCCAAAAUCAAUGAGCGCGACAUGGAAAGAGAGCGCCUGCGUAAGGAAAACCAACACCUGCGCGAGCUAUUGAGUGCAAUGCAUGAACGUAAGCAAGUUGAUGCGAUAAAAGAAACUCCAACUGACAUUAUGACUAUACUGCAGGCAGCAGACGCAGAAUUUGAGGAUGAUCUGGACUCCAUAUCCAAUACGUCACUGACACCAACGCCCACUCCGAUACCAACUACUCCACCAAUUAGUGCCAGCAAGAAACAGAAAUCCGGCGGCAAUGCAGUGGAAGAGUAAAUUCAUUUUAUAUGAGAGAACAAUUGCAAUUCCAAUUGUUCUUCACUACUUUCUCCUUUUAAAGCAAGCACAUGAUUUUGUUUUUGUUUUGUCACGCAGUUGUCCAAUUGAAUUGGCGGCGUCAAUGUUUCGUUUAGCUUUUCUGAAACAAGCCAUUUACUCCAGUUAAUAAUGCGGCCCUCAUUUUGGCAGCAUUAAUAAUAUGGAGUACGCAUGCAAUUUUUUUUUUUUAUAAAGAACUACUUAUAUGUAACUUUGCUACUCCAGAUACAUUUUCUGUAUAAGAUAAUAUCAAUAGGAUUUUAUAUACAUAUUUACAUACAUAUAUAAAUAUAUAUAUUUCUAUAUACAUAAUUAAAUUGAUGUAAAGCCAAACUAACUGGUAAAUAUAUAAAAUGUUUGAUACAUUUACACGCCCACAAGAAUCUAAUACAGAGCAACAAAAACAUGAAACUUGAAACUAAUUUGAGAAUUUUCUCAAUAGCCGCAUAAAAUCACAAUGUUAUACAAAUUCUACUCCAAUUUUUAACAAAUAUAUACACGCAUACAUAUAAACAACAUACAUACCUACACAGAUUGGGCCUAGUAUUAUGAUGUAACUCUGGAUGAAAGUGCUUUCCAUAUACAAACCUAUAUAUGCCAAUAUAUUUAAAGUAUUCUCGGACACACACACAUAUUUUUCUUCAGCCUUCUAAUGUUUCAACACAACAAAACAAAACAAAAAAAGAAAAGAAAUGUUUUACAAAGCAAACGCAAAUUAUAUAAAUGCCGAAAGUGUAAAUGUGAAUACUCAACUUUUUUUUUUUUUUAGCGAUAAAUGUAUUUCCAAUUCAACGGAGGUCCAACACUUGCCUUUAAACGAACAUCAUAUGAUGUUGUUUUACGAAACAAAACAAAAAAAAAUGUGACUAAUUUCCUAUUUUAAAUUAAAAACAUGCAGUGCACUUUUGAGCGAAGCUUUUAUAUCAAUAUUAACCUAGAACUGAAUAUUCAACAGUAGACAUAUGUAUAAAUAAUAUAAACCUAUAUUCAUAUAUAUACCUAUAUUUACAUACAUAUAUAAUUAUAUACAUAUAUGCAAACAUUGUUUGUGAAAAGGGCUUCGAAGUCCACUUAGGUGACGUCAAUUUUGUAACGAAGAAUGGAACGCAGAACAAUUUAAUCUUACAAUUAGUAUGAUGUACGCAAAUGAAAUAUUAAAUUUAA